UGGUUGUAAUCAACAACGGCCCUUCGUGCUAAAUCCCCAGUCAGCCGGAGCUUUCCCUAGAAACUACCAAUCUAUCCUCCCCUUUCACUGAGUAGCAUACCGAUCAUGAAGCUCAUUGCCCUCUUUACUGUUUGUAUGAGCCUCGCCGUGGCUCUGGACCCUGCCCGGCCCGAGACGCGCGUAAACCACCCUCGCAGGCGGAUCGCAAGGUCAAACAAGCUCACCCUUGACUACACAACCUCGAUCAGCACGCCCACGGAUCAGCGUUCCAAGGCAACGCUCCAUCAAGUCCCAGCCGAGCUCGUCCAGUCCGCCGUGCGACCUCGCGGCGAGAGUUCCAAUGCUCCGCAGAUGCAGCGCCGGCAGCUAACGGCCAAUGACUUCUUCGAGUGCACCAACCCGAACCCAAGCCCAUCCAGCGCGGACUGCAACGUCAUCGUCAACCAGGUACUCGCCACCAGCCAGGACUACCUCUUCGACGCCAACACGUGCAUCACCUUCUCCUUCGGCACCUGCCAGGCCUUCUUCUGCUCGCUCUGCGAGACGCUGGCCACGUCGUCCAGCUUCAUCGGCAGCCAGCUCGACACGGUCGCGGCCCUGUGCGUGGACAACGGCCAGGCGGGGACCAUCGUCGGCGAGGAUGUGCCCCAGUGGGACGCCGGCUUCGUGCGUACGGGACAGGGCCUGCCGACGUAUGACGUGUGUUGAUUACCUAGAUACCUACUAGUACCUAGCAGGUAAAAUGCAGCGCCCAAAGGGGGGUUGUGCAACGGGGUGUUUUUGGUUGCGCAUUUUGAUGUCUUAUUAUCCAUGAGCUUGUCUGAAUAACUUGAACACGGAAGUCGUGCCUAGUAGAGCCUGAUUCAGUUCAGGCGGUUCCUGUACAGUGCAGUCAUAAUUACUUGGUACCGCCUG